AUGGAGUCCACGAACCUCACCACUGUUACAGAGUUCAUCUUAGUGGGACUCACCAACCACCGCAAGACACAGAUUGGGCUUUUUGUGAUAAUCCUCAUUAUCUACUCGCUUACCAUUUUGGAGAACCUUGUGAUAAUCGUGCUUGUGCAGGCUGACUGCAGACUCCAUACACCCAUGUACUUCUUCCUCAUGCACCUCUCAGGUGUGGAAAUCUCUUAUGUCACCAGCACCUUACCCCAGAUGCUGGCUCAUCUGCUGGCUGGAAACGGAGUCAUCUCCUUCACCCGUUGUGCAGCACAAAUGUACGUGAUAUUGUCCAUGGGUAGCGCUGAAUGCUUUCUGUUGGGUGUUAUGGCCUAUGACCGUUACUUGGCCAUCUGCCAUCCUUUGAUAUAUGCUGUUGCCAUGGACAGAUGGCACCAAAUGCAGCUUGCCUUAGCUUCCUGGGCUGGGGGCUUCCUGUUCUCUGUGAUAUAUGUGGCUUGCACUUAUUGCCAUCCCUUCUGUGGCCCCAACCGUAUCAACCACUUUAUCUGUGAGCUGCCAGUGGUGCUGAAACUCGCAUGUGCCGACACCCGCAUCACUGAGUCUGUCAUUUUUGUUGUAGCUGCACUGAUCCUUCUGGUUCCUCUAUCUGUUGUCCUGACCUCGUAUGGCCUCAUCUUGUCUUCUGUGUUGCAAAUGAAGACAACAGCUGGACGGCGCAAGGCCCUUUCCACAUGUACUUCACACCUCGUGGUUGUCACCCUGUUCUACGGCACUGUCAUGUCUAUGUACAUGAUUCCCCGGUCAGGAUCAGCCCCUGAUCGUGACAAGCAAAUUUCUGUCUUUUACACUGUGAUCACCCCCUUGCUCAAUCCAAUCAUUUAUACCCUGAGGAACAAGGAUGUCCAUGGGGCACUGGCCAAGGUGCUGAGAAGACCGGUGUUGGAAUAA